GGCAAGCAAGGACGAUCGUGGUACUCGGCAAGGCAGAAGGCAAGAUCUGCGUGAAAGAGCUCGUAAGAUAAGCGUUAAAGGGAAGUGUAGUUUACAGUUUAGAGAAAUGGCUUCAGCUGCAAGAAGAAUUAGACAAGUGUCCAUAGACUGGGCAAAAAUGGCCGAAAGAGUACCGGAAGAUCAGAAGUCAUUUUUCGUCGCAUUUAAAGCAAAAUCUGAUUCAUACGUUAGAAGAAUGCUGGCAAAUCCAGAAAACCCGCCGAAGAUUGACUGGACGUAUUACAAAACACGCGUACCAUUGAAAACUAUGGUUGACGAUUUCCAGAAACAGUAUGAAGCAUUGAAAGUUCCAUAUCCGGCCGACAACGUCACACCACAGAUUGAAGCACAGGAAAAAGAAAUAAAAAAAGCCAUUGAAGAUUACAUUAAAGCUUCCAAUGAAAGAAUAGCCAACUUUGAAGCAGAGGCAAAUAAGCUGCGUUCUAUCUUACCAUUUGAGCAAAUGACUAUGGAAGAUUUCAGAGAUGCCUUCCCAGACCAGGCACUAGACCCUAUCAACAGGCCAACUUUCUGGCCCCACAAUCCAGAGGAGCAGCUUGGAUACAAAGCACCAGAUGCAGUUGCAACUCAGGAAUCUGGACAUUAAUUGUGUGAUAGCCUUAGCAGGAUUAGACUGAUACCAGUUUUUUCCUUCUGUACUUUACACAAAUUUCAUUAGAAUGUAUAGUGAAUUAAUAUAACUGUUUACAGAAGUACAUAAAAUAUGCUUGUUUCAUUCUUU